AUGUCGGGGCAAUCGGAACGCUGGAAAAUAAGCAUCUUAAGGUCGAUGGAUGUGAAACAAUCGCCGGAGAUAUUGCCUGCAACAGUCGGGGUCCUCAACAUCCGAAACGCUGAUAGCGUCUUGAGAGGCACGAAGACAGAGGGAAGGGGGGGGGCCGCUUGUCGCGUAAAGAAGGCGCUACCAGACGGCCAACCCAGUUUCCCUGCGGGACAUAAGCCCCAAGUGGGCGAGUGCAGAGCGGACGGCAGAGGACCGCCCUCACUCAUCCUCACGUCCAGCACCCCGUGGACGCCAAGGACCAGCCGACAGAGGCCCUGGAAUAUCAACCUCCUCAGGGUCAAGACGAAAAGAGUGUCGCUGCAGCCACAGAACAUGUCACAUCGUCUCCCCACAACGGGGCCAGGUCCGGCCACAGGUGGGCCCAGCACUUUCCUCGAACCGGCGGCGAACAUACCGCGAGAAGUGCCUUCAUUGGGCCAUCUCGGACGCAAGGUGGUCCAUCCGUGCAAGAGACAACACUGCAGGCACCUACGCUGCCUCUGCGGAGCUACUCCCGAAGAAUCAGUGAGACACAGCCGCACGCUUAGACCAGAGGGCCGUGGGCAGGCAGGCGGCAGGAGCAGGCCGGCCACGGCAUGGGCGGACCCCUCCGAAGGAGCCUCCUUCACUACCGGAUCCAUCUAG